AUAACAUUACAGUAGUAUACACAAGGCCACCGUGUGGAUAACCACUCCAAACAUACACACUGCAUCGCCAUUUUUCGCUUAUGAAAUCACGCCCUACAGACUGACGAAAGUCUGUACAAUAACUGUACACUACUGUUACAAAGGCCAUAAUUUACAUACUCAAGUUGUAUGAUACUAUGGCUGAUGACCGGGAAGUACUACGCGAGGUUUGGGAAGGAAGAAUUCCAGCAUGUUUUGAUUUGGCAUCUGAUGAAGUGACAUCUCCAGAAACACCAGAUCCAUUCUUUCUUCUUUUACCAAGGCUCAGUUAUCUAACGUUAGUUACCGAAAAAGUUCAGAAACAUUUUAAGAAGCAUACAGAAUCUGAAGAAACAGACGAGAUGUGGUUCGACUUUGAAGGCCAGCCGCUAAAAUGGCAUUAUCCAGUGGGUGUUUUAUAUGAUUUGGUAGCUUCAAGUUGUACUCUACCAUGGAAAUUAACUGUUCAUUUUAAGCAUUACCCCGAACAAGAAAUACUCCAUUGUCGAGACAAAGAAAUAAUAGAAGCACACUAUAUGUCCUGCGUUAAGGAGGCUGAUGUUCUUAAGCACAGGGGUAUAGUGAUUAACAACAUGCAGAGACGUGACCAUAAGCAACUAUGGAGUGGUCUACAAAAUGAUAAAUUUGAUCAAUUCUGGACAACAAAUCGUAAACUUAUGGAGCACCACAAUGAAGAACCCUUUAGAUAUGUACCUUUCAAAAUUUAUCAGCCAGACAAAAUGUAUUUACAACAGUUGUUCAAACCUUAUUCAGAGGAAGGGGAACCUCUGACCCUAGGUCACUUAUUAAAAGAGCUUUUACCUGAAAUAUUUCCUGAUCGAGAACCUGUUGAAGCUGUGAAAGUAUUAAUCCAAGGGACAGAACCCCCCUUUGAUACACCCAUCCAAUGGCUCAGCGAACACCUCAGUCACCCUGACAACUUUCUACAUAUUUGUAUAAUUAAAAGGACUUGAGAAUAAUAUACUGUGUCAGCAAUGUUAACCUUUAAACCACCUCUAACAGAAUUAAUUCAAAUAUAAUACAUUGGUCUAUGUAUUAUAUAUAACACUGUAAUUUAUCAUAAUCUUAAGGGUCUGGGUAUCAGUUUCGGUACCAUUUAUAAUAAUGAUAAACAUAUGGUACCAGUGUGGUAAUAUUUUUAAUACUGUAGUCCUGGUGCUAUGGGUUGUAGUUUGGAACACUAAUAGGAUAUUUCUAGAGGGUAAAUGUUUUGUACCUUUUAAGAUAAUUCCAGAGGUGUGGGUACCCUGUACAAGGCACCAAUAGUGAUCUUUCAAUUGCACGACGACGGUAGGACGUAGAACGUAAUGACGUCACUAAAAGUCGUUUACGCAUGAGAGAACGUUCAGUUUUCCUUGUCGCGUAGAUUCUAGGACAGAAUUUGGCCAGAUCUACGUAUGCAGAGAACGUAGGGCAACCAGUAGGACGGCUACACAUGAGUGAUUCCGUUCUAGCGUCGCAUCGUUGAACAAACUGAAAGCUCCUCAUUACCUGUUUGGUACCUUUUACAGUAGUAACAUCAGUGAGAGUACCAGUUUGGUGACCUCAUGGUAGUCCUAGAUGCAUGGGUACCAAUAGCAAUAGGGACUUUUUGGUGGACAGUGUAAACUUGUUGUAAAGUGUAGUCUUGUUACCCAAGAUACAUAUAGCUUUGCCAAAUUUUUACCUACUAAGUAAGCUAGGUACUAGGUACUAGUUUGGUAGCCUCAGGAUAGUCUGAGCGGAUACCUGCUUAGUACCCUUUAGGAUAGGGCUAGGCACUCCUGAAUCCUGCAGUCCCAACGGCAUCAAUAUCAAUUUGAUACCUUUUAGGAAAGCCUAAAUGCAAAUUUUUAGGAUGAAGUAAAAUUAUCCUGUUACUUUAGUUUCCUCUUCAGGGUUUUUAUUUAAUGGGAGGUUAUUGAUGAUGUUUUUGUGAUCUAUUUUAACAAUUAAAUGUGCAAUAAUCAGUAUUUUCAACUAAUGUAUACAUGAUUGUCAUUGAUAAUUAUUUUGAAUAUAAACAAACGUGUCUCUUCCAUUAGUGUAAAAAAAAUGAUGAAAUUACUUGGUUAUAUAUUUAGGCAUGUGGUUGUUUAUUCAGAAAUAUUGUUACAAUUUUUAAAUAUCUCAAAUGAGGUCAGGCUUUUUUAUACCUUGUUUCACGAUCACCAGAGGACGGUGGAAAAAAAAUAACAUUUUGUUUUCCUUAGUAAAUGAUUUUCUAAACAUCCAGAGGAGAAAA